CCCGGAAAUGAUUCGUUGGCAUUGGCAACGUUUUAGCCAGGUCCAGCGACGUACACAGUCUGAAUCAAGACACCAAAAGGGAAUAUUAUUUUUUAAAAAAGACUCCAGCUAAGGAAUUCUGAACCUUUGUAUCUUUCAAACUCACCAUCGAGGAGCGAGGAGUGAGUACAGACUGCAAACAGAAUGACCAGCUCAUCUGCUCCCAGGAUGGUGAAUAGUUACAAGCGGACUUCAAGCCCCCGAUCCCCAACUAACAGUGGGGAAAUCUUCACUCCUGCACAUGAAGAAAAUGUGCGCUUUAUUCAUGAUACAUGGCAGUGUGUGCUUAGAGACAUCAGAUCAACACAAAAUAGUGAACGAAAUGACCGUGGACCACAGGAAUAUGUGGAGAAGAACCCAAACCCCAACCUACUUUCUUUUACGCCAGUGGAUCUGAGUGACCUCAAGAGACGCAACACACAGGAUGCCAAGAAGUCUUAGUCUUUCUCAUAAUAGCCAGGUUGCUUUUUUUCCACCCAUUAUCCUUGAGAACUUUUCCUCCAUCAGCCCUCUGUCAGCCAGAAAGUCAACCCUGUUGGCCAGUCUAGCACAGAAUGCCAAGUUUUUUUUUUCUAAACUCUGGACCAUAACAACACACAUCUCUUUCUUUAUCAUCUACAGUUGAAGAAAAUAACUGGGAUCUUGGGGAGCACAAACUCUCCCCUCUCUUGGUUUCUUUUUUUUUUUACGUCACAAAAAUCGUCAUAUUUUUAUUGUUUAUGUGGAUGGGACUGAUGCACUCCUUCAUUACAGUUUGCUGGCAUCUGAUGCUGAUGUACAAACUGUUGACUGUCUCCACAGGACAUAAAAGACUACGUACAGUCUUAAAUACAAACCCUGUUUUCUUUACUACUGCUACUUUCAUGACUGGAGGAAAAUGCGAAAGGGCUGACAUCUUUUUCAUUUUUUUUGUUUUGGGUAGUUUGAUCAAUAAAUUGUAGGAGAAAUGGAAUUGUCACAUUGGAUACACACUUUACGGGCACAUUUCGGAAGCCAAAUGCAAUGUAGAAGGCCAACAUUUUUAUUAUAAAUUUUCUUGCUCUCAAAUGGACUUAACGAACUAGAGACCUCCCCAAGUAUGCUAUGCUAGGAUAACCCCUUCCUUCCCUAAAAGUUAAGACAAAAUGUUGAAUAAAAGAUUUUUACAAUU